AUGGAUGGCAACACUGCCCGUCAGAUCCUGAUCCUUGGAGCACAGAGAGAUCACGAAGCCAGUGCAAUCGCUGCGAUUGUAUGGAUGACAUGGGACACACUCAUCAAUUUGGGAGACGAGAUCGAUUAUCUUUGGACAGGUCACGCCAAGUGGGUGCAAUGGAUCUAUGCAUUCAUUCGUUAUGCGCCUAUAAUACACGGAGGUGUCGUACUUAGUCACUACAACACGACAGGCAAUUCCCCGUCAAGAUGCAGGGCUCUCAUCGCAUACGAGCUCUCAUUCCUCGAGCUUCUCACUAUUGCCGUUGAGAUCAUUCUGGUCAUCAGAGUCUUCGUGUUGUACAAGCAGAACAGAGUGCUGAAGGCCUUCAUCAUAAUCGCCUUCGCUGCAGAGAUCAUCUGCAUGAUGGUCUUCAUCAGCUUCGUCAUCAAGGGACAGACAUUCACGUCCGACUGCCUUGCCGCGACGUCACCUCGAAUAUUCAUCGGCUACUGGUCAGUCAUGUCUUCCCUGUAA